AUGGCUCGUUUACAUCUCAAUUCCUUUAUCUUGAUACUAGUUUCCGUCAGUUUAGCAUCAUUCAAUGGUGGCAAGAUCAAUGUUGAUGCACGUAAGCUUUUGGAGACAGCUGAGCUUCCGAAGCCAGCAAUUCCAGAGCUUCCCAAACCCACACUUCCCGAGAUUCCAAAGCCAACACUUCCCGAGAUUCCGAAGCCCACUGUUCCCGAAAUUUCAAAGCCCAUACUUCCAGAGUUUCCUAAGCCCAUUGUUCCAGAGCUUCCUAAGCCCACACUUCCCGAGAUUCCAAAGCCCACACUUCCCGAAGUUCCAAAGCCCACAGUUCCAGAGAUUCCAAAGCCCACACUUCCAGAGCUUCCUAAGCCCAUUGUUCCAGAGCUUCCUAAACCCAUUGUUCCUGAGGUUCCAAAGCCUACGGUUCCUGAGGUUCCAAAGCCCACACUACCCGAGGUGCCAAAACCCACAAUUCCUGAAAUUCCCAAGCCUACUAUUCCCGAGGUUCCAAAGUCUACUGUACCCGAGAUUGCAAAACCCAUGGUUCCAGAGAUUCCUAAGCCUGUAGUUCCUGAAAUUCCAAAGCCCACUCUUCCUGAACUUCCAAAGCCAACAAUUCCUGAGAUUCUGAAGCCUACACUUCCUGAGCUUCCAAAGCCCACAGUUCCCGAGUUUCCAAAGCCAACACUUCCUGAGCUUCCGAAGCCCAUAGUUCCUGAAAUACCAAAACCUGUUGUUCCUGAUGUUCCUAAGCCCACCAUUCCAGAAGCUACAAAACCCGUGCUCCCCGAGAUUCCAAAACCUACACUUCCCGAACUACCAAAGCCUACCAUUCCUGAGUUACCAAAAGAAUUCCCUUCCCUACCACAUCCUUGA